CAUGUCAUUCAUUAAUAAGGAAGAUCGUCAGGCUUGUUGGGACCUCAGGGACGAAUACUGGAAGUGUAUGGAUGAUGCAAAGUCCGAGUCGGAGUGCCAAGAACUUAGAAAACAAUAUGAAAAAUUUUGCCCCUCCCAGUAAAACAUUUUGAUCGGAAGCGAGAGUACCUGAAGUUCAAGGAGCACAUUGAAAAGGAUGGGUACGAUCACCUACCAACUCGAUUGGGCGGCAAAUAGACAAUUGCAAGAGGAUAAGUUAUUAAUGGAAAAAAGUAAUUUUUUUCAAUUAUUUAUGUAAUGCAAUACCUGGAAAGAAUAUUAUAUUUUCAAUAGAAAUAAAAACUAGAGUAGAAUUCUAGUACAAUUCUGUAUUCACCGACAGCACUAGAUUUUUCUAUUGACUUUCCUUUUACGUGUCAUUUCUCAGAUUUUUCCAACCCUUUAAGAAUUAUUACUGAAUCGAAUGCUUACUGGAAAAAUCUGAGUAAAUAACAUUCGAUUGAUUAAACUAAUUGACGGGCGAUCAACGUGCUGUUCCUCACAAUUAUAUUGUACAGUAGUUUCACGUAAAUCUCGAUUGGAUUCAAAUGAAAAAGGACAUGUUUUUUGUGAUUAAAAUUUGUGACAGUGAUUUUAACAUACAAUAAAUGAUAACCAUAUAGUUUUUGUUCAUUACAAAAUGUUGUUAAUUAAAAGACGGGUAACAUGAAACUACCUGACUUGAAGUUUAACUCAUGUAAUUGUUUAUGAAGCAGUACUAGUGUUAAGAGUCUAUUGCCGAGUUUUCCGCAGAAAUUUCCACAGGAAAAUUCUCAAAGAAAUACUAAAAAUAUUUUAGUGUUCUAUUUUACCUCAUUUCACCCGGACGAAUUUGUGGGGAAGAACCCACAUCCAGUUUGAAACAUUCCCGCAAUCUUGGCCACGCCAUCUGCAGAAUUGUAAUAUCACCAAGCUGGCAACACCGCGCGGCUUGGAAAGCGUAUUCCUCGCUUCGAUUAUCCGGUCGUCGGUGGAGGAACAACUUUGUUGAGCGUCAAUAAAAAGUUACUCAGUGAAAAAAACACAAUAUUCGUCGUAAUUGUUGUAUGCUCUGUGUUGAAAGCAAGCAAUCCAAAAUUUCCCACAAAAUCAACAUGAAGAAGAAUAAGGACGUGUCUGACGACGAGGACGAGUACUCUGCGGACGAUCCCGAGGAAGUCGAGGGAGCAUCAGAGGAGGAUUGGAAUCCUGAGCUUGGUGUCGAGGGUGGAACGAAGAAGAGAACACAAAGGGGAGCCAAAAAAAGACACCAUUCUGAAGAGGAAGAGGAAGAAGAAGAAGAGGACGAGGAAGAGGAUGAGGAGGAUGAAGAGGAAGACGAGGAAUCCGACGAGGAGGAUUCCGCGAAGAAACCUAAGAAAAAACGACGCUCUAAAAAGGAGGAGGAGGACGAAGAUGAUUCUGAUGAUAACAAUUUCAAUGAUACCUCAGGAAUUCCACCUAAAGACUACACUUCUGGAGCAUUCGUCGUCGCAAAAGCAGAUGUUGGAGGUGACAUCGAUCCGACUCUGUGGAGGAUAGAUGGAAAGGCUCUUUUACAGAAAUAUCUGCCAUUCAAACAAGAAGGAAAAACUCUUUACAAAAGCACAUCUACGUAUUCCGGAUGGUCUGCGAAUAAUAAAGACAAGUACUUGGCGGCACAGGUUACCUUCAAAGUGCAGAACAGAAACGAAACAGUCGUUGAACUUCACCUUGAUCAACAGCAACAAGAAAGCGUAAAGUAAGCCUUUGAGAAGUAAAUAACGCGGAAGAAAACGGAACCACGUAUCAUCAGUGUUCUUUGACUAUUUCAUAACUCAUGUUCAAAUUGGCCGUUCGCAUGCCGUAUUCGAAUAAUUUCUUCUUUUUAUUUCUGGAUAGAUGAGGAAGCGUACAUAUUGUUGAAAUAUUCCCCAUCAUCUCGCAUUUUUUAUUUACUUUUGAAGUUCUACUUGGUGCAACAAUUGGAUACAUCGAUUAUACCAAAGGAAUUAAUGUCGCACUUUCAUGUUUUUUGUAUCAAUCUUGAUACAAAAUCCCCCAUGAUAUUUAAUAAGUGAAUGCCAAUUUACGGUGACGUGGAACAUUAAAACUUUUUGUUGAUAAUUUUUUCAUCAACAUGUUGCUCGACAAAAUUCCUACAGAAAUGUCCUAUUAAUUCAUUGCUGAUAAUGAUACUCGAAAUAUCAUAGGUACACAGUUGUUCUAUUGUUAAUGAAGAAUAAUAUCACAAAUGUUAUGUGUAUUCCAAAUUGUGUCAUAUAUUACUGAUGCAAAUUAUUAUUUUGAGGAACCUACCAUUUGUUUUCAUCCGUGUAUUCAAUUAUUAUAUCAUGAUCAAUUAUGAUAACAUCAUUUUUAAAAAAUUAGCAGUAACAUUAUGGUAAUCGUAUAUGACUCAACAUGGAUUUAUUUUCUAUGUUUCAAAAAACAAAGUCAUCGAGUGAGUGAACAAAUAUAAUCUCCUGUGUUUUUUCCGUUCUUAUUGGAAUAAAAACUGUGAAAAUGUGAA